AUGGCGAGUAAUAAUAAUGAAACUAAUGUUGUGGCUACUAAAGUGGUUGGUACACAAGAAUGCAUUAUGCUUAAGGAUCUAACUCGUGGUAACCUAAAAAGGUAUGACAAAGAGAAAGAGCAAGCAAGCGUCGCGAGAACCCCUUCACCUCGGCUUUCCAUUCGUUAUGAUUGUUCUUGCUUUCAAAGAACAACAUUUGAAAUGCUAGAGGGGAUGAGAGCUUAG